AUGUCUGCAAGUGAUACUUUCUCUCCCGCUGUCCUGCGUCUACAAAGCGUCGCGCUUCUUAGUAAAAACAAGGCAUGGACGGAAGCGGAAAAAAAUGCAGACAAAACUGCCCAAGACGCUCUGGCAAAAAAGACAAAGGCCGCUGCGUUCCAGCCCACGUUCACGGAUACCAGUGCUUGCAAUGAACUCAUACGUGGCGUAGCACUCGACUACGAAAAAAAUGCAGAUAAUUUUCCUGGGCGCCCACCGAAGAUAGCUCGCUGCAGACGUGGCGGACUCGUAUUUCUACCUGGGUACAUACCAAUAGGCACCAAUUUCAUGAUAAUCGAGCCAAUUUUCUGCAAAGGCAAAUCGACAAUUGGCGGUGUUGAAGUUGACAUGGAGCACUAUUACGUCAUUUUGAAAGAAUGCGAUGUCCAUGUUGAGGAUGAUGGGAAACUGGUCGUAUUGGCGAUGUCGGAUAUUCAAUGA